UUGAGUGGAAUUCCAGAGGAUUACAGACACGGAAGACAAAAGCGAAGGGAGAAUUAAUUAAUACUGAGGUCAUAAUGAUAGAAUAGGAGUGAUAAAAUAUGCUACACAUGCAUUGAUUAUGGUUGUCACCAAUACAAGGUGAUAGCCUGCACAGUGAAAUAUUACCAGACAAUCAAUUGUUUAUUCUCUGUGGCCUCUGUCAUAGGAAGAAAUUUACUCAAGAGGGGGGUGUGUUUCAUUCAGUAACAGGACCAGGCUGUGAAAUAUUGAUUGAGUUUAUAUGAGAUGGAGGGAAUGUAUGAUUUUUAUUUAACCUGAUAUCGACAGGUGUCUUAGAUUACAAGGAUGAAACCUGACUUUGUGUAUGAAAUGUUAAGCACACCGAUUUAAUAAUGAUUUUCCGAUUGGUAACAAGGUUGUUCAUGCUGAGUGCUAAAAAGGAAAGUACAAGUUGGCGGACGGCCAGGGACUUCCUGAGAUUGAAGUGUGUAUGAGUUACCCUCUGUAAAAUGUGACCGUAUCCUGACUGUUAAAUAUGGAGUUGGAGAUAACAUACCAUUUUUACUGCAACAGGACUUACGGAUGGGAAUGGGUGGAGAUUAUCGAGCCCCGCAGCAAGGAGCAUAUGUAUGCCAACUUGACCACCGGAGAGUGUGUGUGGGACCCUCCCCCAGGGGUCAAAAUAAAGAAGACAGAUAAUAACCAGUGGUGGGAGCUUUUUGACCCCAAUACAUCCCGCUUCUACUACUACAAUGCCACCAGUCAGAAAACUGUCUGGCACCGCCCUCAGAACUGUGAUAUUAUCCCUCUCGCCAAGUUACAGACCCUGAAACAAAACACAGAGGUUAGAGAUGGCAUUGAAGGUUCUGUAAAGCGAGAAAUCUCCACUCAGACACCCCUACCCCAAACGAGGAGGGACCACACCAAACAUGUGAGAACUGGGUCACUGAAAUCUACUCACACCACCCAGACCAGUCCAAAUGUCUCCAGAAAACACCGCUUUAACAGACAAGACUCUGCCUCCUCCCAGAGUAGUUCUAGUCAUCAUGAGAGUUUCCGCGAGCGUAACGGAGAUCGAGUCCGUCGUCGUGGUAGCCAGUCGUCACAAUCCACACAGGCUGGCUAUUCCUCCUCUAGUCCACCUGUACAAGCCGUGAUUCGCCGCGACUCAUCAUUAGAAAUGACGCCACGGGUAACAGAUUCACCUCGACUACAGAGGACACAUUCUAUGCAGAGGGCACCCACAGAGAGCAUGAGUGGACCAUCUAGUCGGUCAAACAGUUACCGCUUUACAGACUAUAGGGCCAGAGAUGAUACAUUUGUGUCUCAUGACUUAUCUCCAUACCACCCUGCUAGACGACAAGCUAGUUUUUCAUCAGACAGGGAAUAUGCAAGUCGUUCAGACUCAUAUGGAUCGACAUCGAGUCGACAGGACAUGUUUACACCACCUCCACUUGUGUAUAGUAGUGGAAGUCAGGAUAUGUAUAGUUCUGAUAUCAAUGAGAGAAUAUAUAGUCCAAGUUUGUCUUCUGGACCAGACCAUGAGUGUAUACCAUUUAGUCAAGACAUUGCUCAUCAGCAAGGGAGUGUUAGUCCCUCAAUGAUGUCACAAAAACUUAGAUCUUUUCCCCGUACUAAUCCGGCCUAUGUUGGUGUGCCAAAGCGAAAUGGAAGUACAGCGUAUAAGAGAAUUAAUGUUGAACAGCAGGCUGUAAACUAUGACCCCACCUACUCUGAACCUAAAUCAUAUUCUGCUGCAGGUAUGCAAGUAGCACCAAAGGACUAUACGGAAAACUAUUAUUACCCACAUGAACGAUCUGAUAGUGAUACUUCGCAUUCAUCUAUACGUGCUGUACGUCAUGAACGAACAGACAGCCAGGCAUCACACUCAUCCAGAAAUCGUGAAUCUGACUCUCAUUCUUCCCAGGGUUCCUUUAAACAACCCUCCGCUGAUUUCCAUACUUCCAACAGUUCAUUACGCAUGCAACCCAUGAAGGUUGACCCAUCAACAUCAUAUCAUGAGAGUGUGUCGUCAAGAGGAUCGGAGCGAAGUUUGACAGAUAUGAGAGAAAAUGUGCAAGAAAGACCAAGUAGUCAAAUAUCACAGCAGUUGAUUAAUAGUCAAUUUCAGGAACCUGUGUCCGAUGACUCGGAACCUGAUUAUGCAAAUGUGCCUCCCUCUAAGAAUUACUCCCCUUGUCAUUCAGACACUCAUAUAUAUCGAGAGGUGCUGAAGGACCGACAAAACAUCCCCGAUUUUCAGGAGAUAAAGAAUGGAGAACCUCCAGCUGUGAUGAGGCAGCACUUGGACCAACAUGUAAACAGAGGAUAUAGAUCAUUACCAGUUAUAGAGAACUCACACUUCCCACCUGAUGUUGAACUCAAUCAGAGUUUCGAUGAGGAUGAGAUCAACAGUAAUUUCUUCAGUGCUCCUUUACACGAACGAAUCCUUCAUGAGUCGUAUGAAUCCCAUCAUGCUUCACUCAAAAGGAAGAAGCCGGAAAAGAAUGAAACAGGUAUUGGAAGUCCAGUGAUCGAGAAGAGCCACUCCAUGACUGCAGACAUAAUUCAACAGCGACCGGCGUCUAUGGUGGUCCCUACACAAUCUGAGGCUAAUGUUUCACUCAGUCCCAGUAUAGGAUCACUCAAUAGACAGAAUCGAGCAGGUACAGCGCCACCUAUACGGUCUGCGAGCCCACUGUCACAGAAACAGAAACUGCCAUCGGACUCGGAUAUUGAGAACUACAUGAACCGCCACAAGAAGGGACUGUUUGGAAAAAAGAUUUCAUUUGAACACAUGCUGAUCUGGUCCAAGGACCCCAUACAGAAGCCCAUCUUGAGAACAGAUGACAAAGCAGUAAAGAAAGAGGCUUGUGAAGUAUAUUCACUGAUCCAAAUAUACAUGGGAGACAGAAAAGCUCGACUGACCCAGAUGCAGGCCGCCCAGGAGAUCAUCAGUAAGGGGUGGAGCAUCGUCAACCUCAGGGACGAAAUAUACAUGCAACUGUGUAAACAGACUACAGAGAAUAGAAAAAGUGACAGUCUACAGAGAGGCUGGGAAAUGAUUGCAAUCUGUCUCUACUUUUUCCCUCCUUCCACCAAAUUCAGUGGAUACUUGGAGGGUAUUAUUGCCAAACACCUGGACGAGUCCAAUAACAUCAUAACAACAGAGACACCAUUGAGUCAUUUUGCCCUGCAGUGUCAGAGAAGGUUAGAGAAAAUCAUGGCCAGUGGUCCAAAGAAAGGCCAGCGUAAACCAAACGUGGAUGAAAUUGAACAGGCCAAAAAAUCUGUCUUUUCCCCCUCCAUGUUUGGGAGUUCCCUUGAUGACAUCAUGCUUCUACAGAAAGAGAGAUUUCCUGAUCGAAAGUUGCCAUGGAUACAGACAGCUCUGUCCGAGGAAGUACUGAGAUAUAAUGGAGCACAGACUGAAGGAAUAUUUAGAGUUCCCGGUGAUAUAGACGAAGUGAACGCCCUGAAGUUGAAGUGUGACCAGUGGUCCCUCCCUACUGACUGUGUUGAUCCCCACAUCCCUGCCUCACUUCUCAAGCUCUGGUACAGAGAACUUUAUGAACCCCUCAUUCCUGCCGAGUUCUAUGAACAAUGUAUACUGAAUUACCAGAAUCCUGAGGCAGCCAUUGAUGUUGUCAGUAAACUUCCUGAUAUCAACAGAUUGGUCUUAGCUUAUCUCAUCCGAUUUCUGCAGGUGUUUGCUGCUGAGGAAAAUUCCAAAACGACCAAAAUGGAUGUGAAUAACCUAGCAAUGGUGAUGGCACCAAACUGUUUACGCUGUGAAUGCAUAGACCCUCAUACGAUAUUUGAAAAUACACGUAAAGAAAUGGGAUUUAUUAGGACACUGAUUCAGAAUUUGGACACAAGUUUCAUGGAAGGAAUCGUAUGAUGCAAAGCCAAAUCAUAGAACUACUUAAUUAUUUUGUAAUUAUUUAAUAUUAUAUCAAAUUGUACAUAUGUAUAUUGUAAAGAUAUAACUACACAAUUUUUUUGUGUAUUAUUGUUCAUGCACUUGGAUAAAACUUCGUAUAGAUUGGGCUUUUUAAUUCAGAAUUAGAUCUGUUGUAUUAAUUAUUUUUUGGCAUUUAGAUAGACUGAUAGGGAACCAAUUAUUUUAUGGAUAAAGUUAUGUAUGUGUAUCCAGCAUGUUAAAUCUGCACAGGUAUUUGGGCGUCUAUACAUUGGCCACUCAUAGUUUAACACCUUAAAAUUGAUCCUGGAAGUGUUGGAUUUAGAUUUAACUCUUAUCAUGUUUUACAAAAUAAAAUCUGUUCCUUAAUUUCAAAGACAACAUGUCAAAACAAUGUUUGAGAAGUUGGCUUUCAUGGAUUUUGUGUAUUUUCUGCUUGAUUUUCCACAGCUCCUGUUUUUAGUGAAUCUCUUGAUUCUACAGACUUAGAUGGUGUUAUACUUUUGUGGACCAUUGUAUGAUUAUUAUUAAUCAGAACCUCUUUAUUGUGUUAAAAAAUUUCACCCACAAUUUGUGAUAAGUGCAAUAGUUUUUCAAAUUCUAUACAUUUGGUUGUCAGUGUUGUUGUCUGUCAAUAGUUCAUAAAGUUCAACCUGUGUAGGAGCACCUGUAAAUGCUGUAAAUAACUGAAGCUGUAAAUUAAGGCUUGAAUGAAAUGUUAUGAUAAUAUAAAUGUUAUCUGCCAAGUCUGAUCUGUAUUUGUUGUGUUUGUUUUCUGUAUACCCAUGUUUGUUAAUCAUGUUGGAUACAUUAUGUUUAAAUAUUGCAUUCCAACAAGAAAUGUCAUUAGCUGUAAUCUUUUAAAUUUCAUCAGGAUAUGAAGUCACACACUGUUGUUGAUAUUUUUAAUUGAGGAAAUGUGAGAAUUUUUUUGUCAGAACCUUUGAUGAAAGUCUGUUCUGUAUCUAUAAAUCCUCCAAGGCUAGCAUCAUAAUUCUUGAAAUUGUACAUAAGUAACACUCUUAGUUUUAAUCAUCUUUUGUAUAACUGUGGUACCAAAAUCUUGGUUUCUGAUCUCCAAGCAAAUCAGAUUUAAGGAUAUAUAUAAUUUAAGGGUUUCAAAAUUUUAACACCUGACAAAUUAUUGUACAAUUUGACUUUGACCAAUGGCACACUUGGACAUUGAUGGUGCAAAGGAAACAAAUCAAUUUCAACAUUGAUUCAUUUUCCUGGAGCUCCUUUUGGAUCUUUUUAUUUACACUGUGUUUGUGCAGUUGAUUUUAAUAAGUGGAAGCUGUGCUUUGUUUUUAGUGAAGCUCGGAGUGAAAUGGCCUCUUUUCUUAUGUGCAAUAGUAAAAAAUCUACCAAUCAUUUCUUUGGUUUAUUUACUGCAGGGAUAUUAAUGCUAUGGAUGUUUCUUUUUUCAAUUUACUGAGCAUUGGUGUUUAUUAUUAUUUUUUUCUUUUGAAACACUUAUCAAAAUAGUUUAAUGGUGCUUAAAAUUAGGAAACGCAUGAUGUUCUAAGGGAGAUAACCCUUGAGUUUUUUUAGACUGCCGAAGUGAGAAAUGAACAAGUCUGAUACAUGUUUCAUAGAACUAAAUAUUGUAGAGUUUCAGGUGCUUUUAAAUAAUUCUACGGGUCAUUGAGACAAAGUGUUCCUUAAUUUUUGAAAAGGUUUUGCAAUUGUAUCAAGCAUUUUCUAGUUAAUCUUGAAAGAUUUUCAGAUGAACAAAAACAAAAAAUAUCUCAUGAUCAUAGUUUAGAACAAUUUUAAGUAAUGAAAUAAAUAAUAAAUAAAAAAAACAAUAACAACAACAAUAACACUUAUUAGAUAGAUUUUUUAGCUUAGUAAACUGAAGUGAGGAUUUAGAACAAAAUGUUCGUGUGAUAUUGAAUACAGUGUAAUUAACGCAUCAUUUUCAUCAAAAAGGGACUAUUUUAGAUGCACUGUUAACACACUAAUUUUCUUCAGAGCGCCUUGCAUUUGCAUUGGUGUUUUUUAGUGUAAGGUAUACCAGUAAUUUUUUUUUUUUCAAUCAUCCAGUAUGCAAGGUGAUAAAAAAAAGUGCUAACCAUGAACAAAUUACUGAGACAUGUUUUGCAUGUAGAGAUAUGGGAGUUAGUGUGAGCAUGGUCUACUUCCUCUAAUCAUUGAGUGUCAUUUAGUGUGUAUAUGUGUCCAAAUUGUUAAUCUUGAAAUUGGAAGCUUUAUUUAUAAAUUUAUUAAGUAUUCAAAUUAAGCAUACAAAAUAAAUUUUAAAAACUAUGA